AUGCGGGCGGCCAAGAUGGCUGCUGCCGCCUCCGCUGCCGGGCGUCACUGGCUCAGGAGCUGCAGCCAGCUGCGGGUGCCGGUGCGAUGGAGGGGCCAGGCCACGGCCGCUGCAGUGACCCAGAGCACCAAGCCCCACAUCCAGCCCCAGGAGAGGAAACCUAAAACAGGGAUCUUGAUGUUGAACAUGGGAGGCCCGGAGCGGCUGGAUGACGUCCACGAUUUCCUGUUGCGUCUCUUCCUGGACAGAGAUCUGAUGACCCUUCCAGCUCAAAAUCAGUUGGCCCCGCUCAUCGCCAAGCGCCGCACCCCCAAAAUCCAGGAGCAGUACAGCAGGAUCGGCGGGGGCUCCCCCAUCAAAAAGUGGACGGCGCUGCAGGGAGAGGGCAUGGUGAAGCUGCUGGACAGCAUGUCUCCUCGUACUGCUCCUCACAAGUAUUACAUCGGGUUCCGGUACGUGCAUCCCCUGACGGAGGAGGCCAUCGAGGAGAUGGAGAGGGAUGGCAUCCAGAGGGCCAUUGCCUUCACCCAGUACCCCCAGUACAGCUGCUCCACCACAGGAAGCAGUUUAAAUGCCAUUUAUCGCUACUAUAACGAGAAAGGGGAGAAGCCAAAGAUGAAGUGGAGCAUAAUUGACCGGUGGCCCACACAUCCCCUUCUCAUUCAGUGCUUUGCUGACCACAUCCAGAAGGAGCUGAACCUGUUCCCACCAGACAAAAGGAAAGAGGUGGUCAUCCUCUUCUCAGCGCACUCGCUGCCCAUGUCUGUGGUAAACCGUGGUGAUCCGUACCCUCAGGAGGUGGGAGCCACUGUGCAGAGGGUCAUGGAGAAGCUCAAUUACUCCAAUCCCUACAGGCUGGUGUGGCAGUCCAAGGUUGGGCCAAUGCCUUGGCUCGGUCCCCAGACAGAUGAGACCAUUAAAGGGCUGUGCCAGCGGGGAAAGAAGAACAUGCUGCUGGUGCCAAUAGCAUUUACCAGUGACCACAUUGAAACCCUCUAUGAACUGGACAUUGAGUAUGCCCAGGUUUUAGCCAACGAGUGUGGCGUUGAAAACAUCAGAAGAGCGGAGUCUCUCAAUGGAAACCCACUGUUCUCCAAGGCCCUGGCAGACCUGGUGUGCUCCCACCUGCAGUCCAACGAGGUGUGCUCCCGCCAGCUGACCCUGUGCUGCCCGCUGUGUGUCAAUCCUGUGUGCAGGGAGACCAAGGCGUUCUUCACCAGCCAGACCUGCGAGCCCUGAGGUGCCACAGCCUGGG